AUGACUGCGGCCACGUGCACCGCCGGCCGGUCUUCCUCACGUGAUGACUGGGAGAAGGAGUUCUUUACGACGUGGCUACGACUCAUGGAGCGGCGGAAAGACGAGACGAAUCUCUUGAAGACGUUGCAGAGUCUGUUACUGACACAGACGAGACGGGGCGAAGCUGUGGGGCUCGUGCAAGACGCCAAGCACCACGUGAAUAUGCUGAAAGCCAAUGACACGACGAUGGCGGAGCUGAUGACGCUGCUCAAUGAGUUUUUCUUCCAGAAUAUCCUUCCAGCGCUCAAGAGAGCGAGACGAGUGGAGAGUGAAGGAGGAGAUGGUGAUGAUCAUGAUGAGGAUGUUGGUGUGGCGACAGCUGCUAGUGAAGCGCAUGGAGACAACGAAGAACUACCUCAAGACUCUUUGGAUCGGUACCUGGAGCACGGAGACGACGGGGACGAGGACGAGUCGGGCGAUGGCACGGCGAUGCCGCAAGCUUUUGUGGACGACAUGAGCGGCUGGGCUUGUUCCUCGCAUUCAAGUCUGGGGCAGGCCGAAACGCUGGUCAGGAAGCCUGAAACGGACACGUUGAAUGCAGCAACAGGCACUGCGUGUGCUGCUGAGAAUGUUGCAAGGAAUGAAGACGAACACACCAACGAAAACGAGGAUGGAAUGGCCGGUGAAGAGUCGGAUGAUGGAAUUCCAGGCGACGCGUUCCACGACAUGCUGAUUGCUAACAGCUUGAAGAUGACUGCUCUGCAUGCUCCGGACAAGGUGAAGACUCAUGAGCAGCUGGCAGCCCCAAGUUUGACUGAAGCUUCUCCGCAAUCAAGGCCUGCACGGACAAAAUCGACACGGCAAUCACAAUCACAGCAAGUUCGUACAGGCUAUGCAGCCAAGCGGAAGGACCGAAUUGGUCAAAAUGCCGCUGCUAGUCUCGUGGCUGACCAGGUCUUGGAUGUGCGCACUUAUGGAACGAUAAAAGAGUAUCUCAUUGAGUGGCAAGGUAUGGCGACACCAUUGUGGAUUGCGCGGCGGAGGUGCCCACCACAAGCUAAAGAACUGAUCGAUAUGUACGCUUCAACUUUGCGUGCACAAGAUAGCACUUGUGUAACCCGAAAACCGACUCAUAGAUCUCGUGGUACUGGAACAAAACAUGUUGCAAGCCCCAAAGGACAGGAUGCAGAUGGUGAAGACGACGAGGAGAUGACACUAUACAAUGUCGAUCACAUCGUUAAUCAUCGCGUGCGCUACAACAAAAAGGAAUACCUUGUAAGAUGGGAACAUUACUCCGAAGGCUACGAUACAUGGGAAAAGGCCGCAAAGUUGCGUCUCGAUGUUCCUAAAAUUGUUGAAGCCUAUGAGGAACAACUGCGGUGCAACAAUGGCGAGGAUACCGCUUCCCACUCUGCAAAAGCAGAGCCAAGUGUCGGGAAAAUGAAGAGGAAAAGGUACACAUACAAGAAAAAAAGCGGCGGUGAUGAGAAAACGAGAAUUGACAAGAGCGAGACGAAGCAUUCACAUCGAGGCGGACGCAAGCACGUCAAGAAGAAACGCGGUCGAGUUUCUACGGACAAAGAAGGCGUAAAGUCGUUGCCGGUGGCAGUUAGAAAACGAGCAAAGGCCAAAGUUGGUCGAUGA